CAGUGAAAAUAUAUUAAAAAUGUCGGAAGAAACAAUUAUGUCUAUGAAUGUUCAGGCAAUUAAAAUCGAACCACCAGAAUAUUCACCAGAAGACAUUAAACUCGAACAUGAUAAUGAAUUUGAUGAUCUUGAUGCUAUUGUUAAAUUUGAAUCGCUUUCUGAAGAGGAUGAUACAUGUUUAGAAAGAUUCAUGAAUUCAGAUGUGACAAUUAAAGAAGAAGUCAAACAGGAGUCAAUCGAGAAAUGAACGCCCCUAUCAGUGCAGUAUAUGUAAUAAGACAUUCACACA